GUAACUGUCCCCAGCUCCAGUGCUGCAGGCACAUUGUUCCGGGGCCUCUGUGGUGCUCCUGAUGCCCCUCACCCACUGUCGAAGAUCCCCGGUGGGCGAGGGGGCGGCAGGGAUCCUUCUCUCUCAGCUCUAAUAUAUAAGGACGAGAAGCUCACUGUGACCCAGGACCUCCCUGUGAAUGAUGGAAAACCUCACAUUGUCCACUUCCAGUAUGAGGUCACCGAGGUGAAAGUCUCUUCCUGGGAUGCAGUCCUGUCCAGCCAGAGCCUGUUUGUAGAAAUCCCAGAUGGAUUAUUAGCUGAUGGGAGCAAAGAAGGAUUGUUAGCACUGCUAGAGUUUGCUGAAGAGAAGAUGAAAGUGAACUACGUCUUCAUCUGCUUCAGGAAGGGCCGGGAAGACAGAGCUCCACUCCUGAAGACCUUCAGCUUCUUGGGCUUUGAGAUUGUGCGUCCAGGCCAUCCCUGUGUUCCCUCUCGGCCCGAUGUGAUGUUCAUGGUUUACCCCCUGGACCAGAACUUGUCUGAUGAGGACUAAUGGUCAUAGAGGAUGCUUUGCCCAAGAGCCACAGUGGGGGAAGAGGGGAAGUUAGGCAGCCCUGGGACAGAGGAGGGGGCUCCUUGCUAUCUAGGGAAGGACGCUGAGGGGCUCAGGGUGAGGGUUGCCUAUUGUGUUCUCGGAGUUGACUCGUUGAAAUUGUUUUCCAUAAAGAACAGUAUAAACAUAUUAUUCACAUGUAAUCACCAAUAGUAAAUGAAGAUGUUUAUGAACUGGCAUUAGAAGCUUUUUAAACUGCGCUGUGUGAUGUGCUCUAUCCAUCCUAGGGGAGGACAUUGCCUGGGGGUGGGGGGGACUGUCUGGGUCUAGGGGCAGGGCCUGAAGGGCUGGUGGGCAGCACUGUCAGGCUUAGGUUCCCCUGCUGUUGGGCUUUCUUUUUUGGUUUUUAAGACUUGUGUAUUUUCUUUCCUUGCUUCCUCUCAACCCAGACACUCCUGAGUAUAGGCUUUUCGGCCCCUGGACGGUGUCCUUGUUUUUCGACACUCCACCUGGGCUCCUCUGUGUGCAUUUGUGUCUGGCCUGGAGAAACCAGGUCUGACCCCCUCCUUCUUUACAGCUUAGUGUUUUUCUGGCAUUUGGUUAAGCUGGCUUAAUCUGUUUAAUGUUAUCAGUGCAUUUUAAAUGGGGGCACUGAAGUUCACUCCCACCACCAGGGCUUUCUUUGGGGUGCCUGGGCCUUAAAAACACUAGCCAAACUCCCAGUUCUCAAAUCACAGCCAGCUCUUGUUCUUGGCUGCAGGCCCAGGCCCCAGGGUGUCUCCUUCCCAGGGUCACAAAGAGCAGAGAGGAAGAGGAAUAGCAACUCAGGGCCUGGGGGUCGUGUGGUAAUCUGUUCUUAGGGACUGGAUGCCUCUGCCUGGCUGAGUAUAGUGGGGACUGCCCCUCCUCUCUCUCAACAGGUUCCGAGUAGGGCCUGAGCCCCUGCCCCAUAAGGCUUAGGGGUGGGAAUGAGGGUGUAGAAGUGGCCUGCCCUUUUCUGUUUUCACUGAACAGCUUGUUCUAAGGGGGGAGGAAGGGGAAGAGAUCUAGAUUGGGUGAGAGGGGGGUGGGGGUGUCAGGGAGGCAAGUGUGUUGUGUUACUGUGUCAAUAAACUGAUUUAAAGUU